AUGCAGCUAGAAGAUGAACUUAGAAAUAUAACCUUGGGAGACUUAACCAUUCACGAUUAUUGUGAAAAGAUAAAGAAGAUUACUGAUACGCUUGAGGGCCUCGGUGAAAAAGUCAAGGAUCGUAGUGUUGUACUUCAUGCAUUAAAUGGACUUCCAAGCAAGUUUGAAAGUGUUGCCAGCAUCCUUCGCUUCUCCAAACCUCUUCCAUCGUUUUCUGAGAUGCGAUCUAUCCUACUGGUUGAAGAAUCGAGAUUGAACAGCCACCGUGUCACUCUCCCAUUGCACGACAAUCACCCCUCUUCGCCUUCUCUGCUCCAUGUUGCUGACCCUUCUUCGCCGUCGACCCGUGGAAGAGGGAGCAGAUCCUACCGGGGGAAACAACUCCCGUCGCAGUGGAGGUCACAACAACCAGCGUCGCCAGCAGCAAUUUCCCGGUCAACUCCCCUCUGGUCAGCAAUCGCGCCAUACAUCACCUGGGUGGGUUUAUUCUCCUGCGCCCCAUCCUUUUCCGUCAAUAUGGACCCCAUCUAG